GGAGCGAAGGGGGCGAUGGUGCGGGGCGGCCAGGGCCAUGGCAGCUUCCUCCGCCCCUUCGUGCUGCUCGCCGUCCUCUUGCCUCCGUGGCCCCCCGCGGGCGCCGAGACUCUGAGGGAGCCCCUCGAGGCGACCCUCGCCGCCACCGCCUCCGCCAUUGGGCCGGGCCUCAGCGUCUACAUGAGCCAGGAGGAGGUGCGCCGCCUCAUCGGUAUUGAUGCAGAACUUUAUUAUGUGAGGAAUGAUCUUAUCAAUCACUACGCUUUGUCAUUUAAUCUACUAGUACCUGUAGAGACAAACAACCUCCAUUUCAGUUGGCACGCUAAGGCAAAGAUUGAAUAUAAGCUGGGGUUUCAGGUUGAUAAUCUUUUGGCUAUGGAUAUGCCACAGGCCAAUAUUUCUGACCAAGGAGAAGUUCCUCACACGUUAUCUGUAUUUCGAGUGGAACUUUCUUGCACUGGCCGACUAGACUCUGAGGUUACAGUACUAAUGCAACUCAACAUGACAGUAAAUGCUUCCAAAAAUAUCACAGUCUUAAAUUUCAAACGAAGGAAAAUGUGCUAUAAAAAACUUGAACAAGAAGUAAAAACUCCAGUACUGGACAAAAAUAGCAGCAAAGCUAUUUUUGAUCCUGUAAAUGCAGCGCCCACUACAUCUACACGUGUGUUUUAUAUCAGUGUUGGUGUUUGCUGUGCAGUCAUUUUCUUAAUAGCAAUAAUACUAGCAGUUUUACAUCUUCAUAGUAUGAAAAGAAUAGAAUUGGAAGACAGCAUUAGUGACAGCAGUAGUUCACAAGGCUUAUCCCAACCUUCAACGCAAACAACUCAGUACCUGAGGGCUGAUACACCUAACAACGCAACACCAAUUACCAGUUAUCCUACAUUACGGAUAGAGAAGAAUGACCUUAAAAGUGUAACCCUGAUGGAAGCAAAAGCUAAAGUGAAAGACAUAGCGAUCUCCAGGGAGAGGAUAACACUAAAAGAUGUUCUUCAAGAAGGUACAUUUGGGCGAAUUUUUCAUGGAACUCUAAUAGAAGAGAAAGAUCCUAGUAAAGAAAAGCAAAUGUUUGUCAAAACAGUAAAAGAUCAAGCUUCAGAAGUUCAAGUGACCAUGAUGUUGACGGAAAGCUGUAAACUCAGAGGUCUUCAUCACAGGAAUCUUCUCCCUAUCACUCAUGUUUGCAUAGAAGAAGGAGAAAAGCCUAUGGUGUUGUUGCCUUAUAUGAAUUGGGGAAAUCUUAAAUUGUUCUUACGGCAAUGCAAAUUAGUAGAAGCAAAUAAUCCUCAGGCAAUUUCACAACAAGAUCUUGUACAUAUGGCUAUUCAGAUUGCCUGUGGAAUGAGCUACUUGGCCCGCAGAGAGGUCAUUCAUAAAGACCUGGCUGCUAGAAACUGUGUCAUUGAUGAUGCACUUCAGGUAAAGAUUACAGACAAUGCCCUGUCCAGAGACCUCUUUCCCAUGGAUUAUCAUUGCCUUGGAGACAAUGAAAACAGACCAGUGCGGUGGAUGGCUCUUGAAAGCUUAGUUAACAAUGAAUUUUCUGGUGCUAGUGAUGUGUGGUCUUUUGGAGUGACCUUGUGGGAAUUGAUGACUUUGGGACAGACACCUUAUGUAGAUAUUGACCCCUUUGAGAUGGCAGCGUAUCUAAAAGAUGGAUACAGAAUAGCUCAGCCCAUCAACUGCCCUGAUGAAUUAUUUGCUGUGAUGGCUUGUUGCUGGGCACUAGAUCCUGAGGAGAGACCUAAAUUCCAGCAGCUGGUGCAAUGCCUCACUGAAUUCCAUGCAGCAUUGGGAGCCUAUGUUUGAUACCAGAUGCCAAUCUGUUCUACUUGGAAAGGGACACUGUUUUCACAUUACAGUGAAAUUUGACAUUUAUGUCUAUUUAUAAACACCAUGCCCUCUAUCUACAACGCUUUACCUGGAUGUAAGCCCCACUGAUUUCAGUGGAAUAAUCCACAUCGUGUGUUUAGGAUCAAGGAACCAGCAUGUAAACUUUUAGAAGAAGAUCUUCCCAAAUCACCGUGCCUUAAAAUAGUCUGUCCUUCUUUAAAGAUUAGGCUUUAUUCUACAUGCCACUUACAUGGAAUACAAGACUUGCACUUCCCCAAUAUUUCCUGAAAUGUAGUUACAAUGGAUUGGAACAUGAACUAAGUGGAUUCUGGCACUGUUUAAAAAGCGCACAAAUACCCAAGGUGUUUGACUAACAAGUAUGGGAGUGCUUUUGUUUUUGUUUUGUUUUUAAAAGACAACAACAAAAGUGACAAAAGGCGUCCCCCCUUUCUCCCCUAUGCCAAAAGACCUGUAUGUGGAAGCAUCAAAAUAUUUAGGAUGAUUUGACUCGUUUUGGUGUUGGUAAUUAUAGCUGGAAUAGCUCUUUUUGUAUCUGUUACUUUCCAUUAAGAUGACAGCACAAUAUGGUAAAAACCACAAGUGGCCUUUUACUCUGUUUUAAUACCAUUUUUCAAUAGGCGUUAUUGUGAGAGGGGAAAAACUUCUUAGAAGAAAAGCAGUUAUGGAAACUGAUUCCAGUUAAUCUGAGAGCAGGUAAAAUGCAGUUUUGUGCUAAAUGGAUAAUUGCAGGCAGGAUAUACCAAGUGCUAGAUCUUCAGAGAAGCACCAAAACAGCCUUGCAUUAGGAGCCUUUCACCUCAGACUGUAGAAUGAAGUUUUUCUUUUUAAAAAGGUACGGUUUAUGUGUUUAGGAUUUUUUAUGACCUGAAAAUGAAUAAAAUAUAUAAAUAUAUAUAUAUUUGUAAAGAUGCAUUUGAAAACAAAAAAUACCUGUGUUUUCUUGAAUUAAUUAGAAACUUUCGUCUCUGA